AUGGACCGAUUCAUCAACAGUCUCAACAGGGCGGUCGCCACCUCGCCUGUCGGUUACUACUUCCGACUCGAUGGCUCCGGACACCCCCUCUCGCGACCCGGCUCGCGCUUCCUCACCGAGAUCCGCGCCGGUCUUGUCACCUUUGCUGCCAUGGCCUACAUUCUCUCGGUCAACGCCAGCAUUCUCAGCUCGUCCGGUGGUCCAUGCGAAUGCGCCCACACCGCCGCCGACCCCGUCUGCGCCAAUGACGCCGCCUACAACCAGUGCGUCGCUGUCCUCAACCGUGACUAUGUCUUCUCUACCGCCAUCGCCGCUUGCGUCGGUACCACGCUCAUGGCUCUCUUUGCCAACAUGCCUCUUGGUCUCGCUCCCGGUCUCGGUGUCAAUGCCUACUUUGCCUUCACCAUCGUCGGCGUUGCUGGUACCGGUAUCAUUCCUUACAGCCAGGCUCUCUCGGCUGUCUGGCUCGAGGGCUGGAUCUUCUUCCUGCUCUCGCUCUUCGGUAUCCGACAGUGGCUUGCUCGCCUGCUGCCACACAGCAUCAAGUUGAGCACCGGUGCCGGUAUCGGUAUCUUCCUUGCCUUCAUCGGUCUUGGCCCCAACGGUCUCGGUGUCAUCGGUGGCAACGCUGCCGACCUCAUCGGUCUCGCUGGCUGCCCCGCCCAGUACGAGGACGCUAGCGGUUUCUGCCAGAGCCACAAGCUCCAGUCGCCCACCCUUUGGCUCGGUGUCAUGCUCGGUGGUAUCUUCACCGCCCUCAUGCUCCUCUACCGCGUCAAGGGUGCCUUCCUCAUUGGUAUCCUCCUCGUUUCCAUCGUCUCGUGGCCUCGCAACACCCCCGUCACCCUCUUCCCGCACACGGCGAUGGGCGACGAUGCAUUCAACUACUUCAAGCAGGUCGCCAACUGGAACGGUCUCGGCAUGCUCGGUCCCAAGAACAUCGACUGGUCCGGUUACAGCAACGGCAAGGUCUGGUACGCACUUAUCUCGUUCCUCUACAUCGAUCUGCUCGACACCACCGGUACCUUGUACGCCAUGGCCAGCCACGCCGGCCUCAUGGACGCACGCACCGGCGACUUUGAAGGCUCUUCGGCAGCCUACCUUUCGGACGCGGUUGCCAUCUCGAUCGGCUCUUUGGUCGGAUGCUCGCCCAACACGGCUUUCGUCGAGUCCGCCUCUGGUAUCGCCGAAGGUGGACGCACUGGUAUCACCGGUCUCACGACUGGAUUCAUGUUCUUCCUCUCGCUCUUCUUCGCUCCCAUCUUUGCCUCGUUCCCUUCGUGGGCUACUGGUUCGACGCUGGUCAUCGUCGGCUCCAUGAUGGCCUCCAACACCGCCCAGGUCAACUGGUCUUACGUCGGUGACGCUAUCCCCGCCUUCGUCACCAUCGUCGGCAUCCCGCUCUUCUUCAACAUCGCCUACGGUCUGAUCGCCGGUAUCUGCUGCUACAUCGCCCUCAACGCCCUCCCCUGGUUGAUCUCCAAGGCCACCCGCGGCCGUGUCGUACCGGAUGGAUGGGACACCAUGAAGGAGCCUUGGGGUGCACGAAUGGUUUCCGCCAACGACGACACCACUGGAUUCAUGGCCAUCGUUCCACCUUGGAUGAGGAAGGUGAUGGCCGGAAACAUGAAGUUCUGGCAGAUGACGGAUGACGAGAUCGAGUUCUACCUCGAGGGCAGGAGGGAGACGCAGAGGUUGGCGCAGGUGCGUCAGGAGCAGAUGGAGCAGGAGAGGAACGCCAUGUACGGUGCCGAGGACGACGUCGAGGCACGAGCUUCCACCAGCUCGGCCAACGAGAAGCACUCGACGGGUAGCCCCAACUUCUCCCCCGUAGAGGUUCCUCGAACCGGUCCUGUCGGCGCACAGGACGAGGUCCACGUUACAGGCAACGCUCAUUAA